AUGAAUGAUCUAUAUGCUAAUCCGCCUCAAAUGCUGAAUCAUGUCCGAAAUGUGAUUGCUGCAAGAACAGUAAAUUGCUAUGGUAGCAUUGCUGCAUUGUGUAGCUCUCAUUCCUUUCUUCUUUCUUUUGAUGUCACAAACAACGCAUUUGAUGGCCAGAUUCCAAGAGAGUUGGGAUUUUCACCUUCUCUUCAAAGGCUUCGGCUAGGGAUCAACCAUUUCACAGGGGCAAUCCUCAGGACCCUGGGAGAAAUCUACCAACUUUCACUUGUGGAUUUCUCAGGCAAUUCGCUCACUGGAUCAGUACCAGCUGAGCUUUCAUUGUGCAAGAAACUGACCCAUAUUGAUCUCAAUAACAACUUUCUUUCUGGGCCAAUCCCAUCCUGGCUUGGAAGUUUGCCCAAUUUAGGAGAGCUCAAACUCUCCUUCACUUUAUUUUCUGGGCCCCUUCCUCACGAACUAUUUAAGUGCUCCAAUCUGCUGGUUCUUUCACUUGAUAACAAUCUCCUUAAUGGGACUCUGCCUCUGGAAACCGGUAAUCUUGCAUCCCUUAAUGUUCUCAACCUCAACCAAAACCAAUUUUAUGGACCAAUUCCUCCUGCCAUAGGUAACUUAAGCAAGCUUUAUGAACUUCGUCUCUCAAGAAACAGCUUUAAUGGUGAAAUACCUAUUGAGCUUAGAGAACUCCAGAAUCUUCGAAGUGUUUUAGACCUCAGUUACAACAAUCUUACUGGGGAAAUCCCACCUUCUAUUGGAACACUGUCCAAACUGGAGGCGCUUGAUCUAUCUCACAAUCAACUUGGUGAAAUCCUAUUCCAAGUGGGUGCGAUGAGUAGCUUGGGCAAGCUUAACUUCUCCUAUAACAACCUUGAGGGCAAAUUGGACAAGGAAUUCUUGCACUGGCCAGCAGAGACGUUCAUGGGAAACCUGCGUCUUUGUGGAGGGCCUCUCGGCCGCUGCAACAGUGAGGAAUCCAGUCAUCAUAACUCAGGCCUAAAGUUAUCAUCUGUGGUGAUAAUAUCAGCAUUUUCAACCAUUGCUGCAAUUGUUCUACUGAUGAUUGGAGUUGCCCUGUUUCUUAAAGGCAAGCGGGAGUCCCUCAACGAAGUGAAGUGUGUUUACUCUUCCAGUUCUUCCAUAGUACACCGAAGACCACUCCUCCCCAACGCUGCUGGGAAGCGAGAUUUCAAAUGGGGAGACAUUAUGCAAGCUACAAACAAUCUGAGUGACAAUUUUAUAAUUGGCUCAGGAGGGUCUGGAACGAUCUACAAGGCUGAGUUAUCCAGUGAAGAAACAGUGGCAGUGAAGAAGAUACUGAGGAAAGAUGAUCUCCUGCUGAAUAAAAGCUUUGAAAGAGAAAUUAGGACCCUGGAAAGGGUUAGGCAUAGGCACCUAGCAAAGUUGCUGGGUUGUUGUGUCAACAAAGAAGCAGGCUUUAAUCUGUUGGUAUACGAGUACAUGGAGAAUGGAAGCUUAUGGGAUUGGCUGCACCCAGAAUCAGUGAGUAGCAAGAAAAGGAAGAGCCUUGACUGGGAGGCGAGGUUAAGGGUUGCAGCGGGAUUAGCUAAGGGAGUGGAGUAUCUCCACCAUGACUGUGUCCUCAGGAUCAUUCACAGGGACAUCAAGUCCAGCAAUGUGUUGCUUGACUCUAAUAUGGAGGCACAUUUGGGGGAUUUUGAGCUGGCAAAGACUCUGGUUGAGAAUCACAACUCCUUCAACACCGACUCAAACUCAUGGUUCGCUGGGUCUUACGGUUAUAUUGCUCCAGAAUAUGCUUAUUCAUUGAAGGCAACGGAGAAGAGUGAUGUUUAUAGUAUGGGUAUCGUGCUGGUUGAGCUAGUGAGUGGAAAGAUGCCAACAGACGAAAUUUUUGGGACGGAUAAAAUGGUGAGGUGGGUUGAGUCGCACAUUGAAAUGGGAGAAUCGAGCCGAACGGAGUUGAUUGAUUCAGCAUUGAAGCCAAUUCUACCAGAUGAAGAAUGCGCAGCAUUCGGAGUGCUUGAGAUCGCACCGCAAUGCACAAAAACUACCCCAGCAGAAAGGCCGUCUUCUCGCCAAGUUUGCGAUUCCCUAGUCCAUUUGUCCAACAAUAGAAAUAGAAUGGUGGGCUGCUAUAAGAACCCCCAUUGA